GUUGCCGACGUCGCAUCCAUGCUGCUAUCAACAACAGUCUUGCUAGCGGCAUCUCAUGCUUGUUUUCUCUGAACCUACUGUAUAUUUCGUCGUUCAAACAUUAUAUUUUGCUGGUAGCUUUGUUUUCUUUGUUAAAAAAUGGCGAAAAAGUUGACAGAUAUGGAUUUGUAUGGAUUACUUGGAGUUGAAAGCACCGCUUCAACGAAACAGAUCAAGAAAGCUUUUCGGCAGAAAGCCUUGACGUGCCAUCCAGACAAGAAUCCAGAUAACCCCAAAGCAGCCGAGCUUUUUCACCAGCUCUCCGAAGCCCUCGAGUUAUUGACGGAUGCCGCAGCCAGGGCUUCAUACGACAAGAUCUGCACUGCCAAGAAGCAAGCGGAAGAAAGAACCAAAAAACUAGACAGCAAGAGAAAGAAAAUGAAGCUUGACCUGGAAGAACGAGAGCGACAGGCAGAAUUGGAAAAGCAAAAUGAAAUGGCAAGCGUUAGGCAGCAACAGGAGAUCAUUCGUUUGCGGGAAGAAGGACAGCGUCUGCUUGAGGAGGAACAGAGUCGCAGGGAGCAGAUGCUGAAAGAAAGCUCAAGAGUUGAGACCUCUUCCGACCCGAAUACGACCCCUAAACUUAAGCUAAAAUGGAAGUGCAAAAAAGGUGACGAGACCAACGGAGGCUACUCUCAAGACGUCCUUUUCAGAAUUCUUCAAAAGUAUGGCGAUGUUUUGCAUGUGAUCAUAUCGAGUCACAAGAGAGGAAGCGGUCUUGUGGAAUUUGCAUCCGUGAAAGCAGCUGAACGAGCCGUCCAGUACGAGAAAGGCCUCACUGAAAAUCCGUUGAAGAUUUCGUGGGUAUCAGGAAAACCAGAAGCCGCAGCGCCGUCAUUCAAGUCCACACAGAGCACGCUAGUGAACGAGCGUGACUACGAGAGUCUGGUGCUGAUGAAGAUGAGGCAGGCGGCGGAGCGACAGAGACUGAUCGAAGAGAUGCAGAAAGAAGAUGAAGAAGAAAGCUAACCCGCCAUCUCGCUGUUCUCCAGUCUACGUUUUUUUUAAAACAUUAUUUUAACUGAUACUGUUUCAUUUAUUUAAGACAUGUGAAACUUUUCGGUCCAUCUACUAUCUAGAAUAAAGCAAUGUGAUGUUUGUUUCACUAAGUCUACGAUGCGUAAUGAUGGUUCGGUCCACCAAUGUAAUGACCGCUCUAUUAAGGAUCUUGUUUACAUCAAAUAUAGC